CUAUAUAUAUAUAUAGAGAGAGACUAAAAAUUGAUGGACAAGAAAAACCAAGAACUCAUGGAAGAUUUCGAAAAGAAGGCAUCAUUAACAGAUACAGAGGCAAUGGAGACUGAAGCAGCCGCCAGCAGCAGCAAAUCCUCCAACAGCCUUCUUUUGCUCCGCAGAUUCCUUGAAAUCCAGCAAAGAAGAGCCCAAGCUUAUGCCAAGCUCAAACAGGGUUUUUCUGAAUAUAUGGUCUCAGGAGGGGAAUUAGCUUACCAGCAGCUUUGCAGCAAGAUCACAGAAGAGUUCAAUGACUGCUCCAAACAAGUAAUUGAAAUGGAGUCCCUAUUUCUAAACCCUGACCAUGACCGAGUUGAUCUGGCUCACCUUCUCCGAGACAUCCAAACACAAGAAAAGCAGAAGUUGCAUCUGACAGCAACCAUUCAGCUGUUAAAGAAGGCUGGUCGGCCAUCAGAACGUCUUGUGAACCAUGAAAACUGCAGAUUUCCAAAACCAAUGGAGCAUGAGUGUGUGCACCUUCAUGAAAUAACUGAAGCUUCUGGAACUGAAGAGGCAGAAGCAGAUGCUGAGUACGAUAAUGCUCUCAAGGAAGCAAUCAGAGGUGUACAGGAUUCUGUAACCACCAUAAAUGAACACCUGGAAGAAAUCAAAUAUGAGAUUGCAGCCCUUGAAGCCCAGUGACGCGACAUUUUUACCGAUCCAAGACUGCAUGACAAAAAAAUUCACUAGAGGUAAGAGUCUGCGGUUGUGAAAAAGGUGGCAAGAAUCGAUAAUGCAGAUUGUACAAUGUCCAUGCUUAUUGAGUUAAUGCUGUAUUGUUUGGGUCAAUGAAAUGCAGAUAAGAUGCUCUCCUUUUUGUUUUCUCCUUUUCUCACGUAUAGCAAUCACAACUUUUGCAAUCAAUCAUGCCGGUUCUAUGUGAAACUGCUUCUUCCUUAUUA